AUGUCUGCUCCUGCUACUGCUACUCCAAUCCCAACUGCCACCUAUGAAUCCAAGGAAUUAACUCCAGAACAAAUCCAAAUUAUCUUGAAUACUGUUCCAAUUUUAGAGCAAGCUGGUGAAGUUUUAACUCAAAAGUUUUAUGAACGUAUGAUCGGAAAUUAUAAGGAAGUUAGACCAUUCUUCAAUGAAGCUGAUCAAAAGGCAUUGCGUCAACCAAAGAUCUUGGCAUUUGCCUUAUUAAAUUAUGCUAGAAACAUUCAAGAUUUAACACCAUUAACUGCGUUUGUUAAACAAAUUGUCGUUAAACAUAUUGGUUUACAAAUUCUUCCAGAACAUUACCCAAUUGUUGGUACUUGUUUGAUCCAAACUAUGGUUGAAUUGUUACCGGCUGAAGUUGCCACCGAAGCUUUCUUAGAAGCUUGGUCUACUGCUUAUGGUAACUUGGCUAAAUUGCUUAUCGAUUUAGAAGCCGAAGAAUACAAGAAACAACCAUGGAAAUGGUUUAAAGAUUUCAAGAUCACAAGAAUUGUUAGUGAAUGCUCUGAUGUCAAGUCUGUCUACUUUACUCCAGCUGAUGGAUCUCAGAUCGGGGCUGCCAAACCAGGUCAAUAUUUAUGUUUCAGAUGGACCAUCCCAGGUACAGAACAUGAGGUUUCCCGUGAAUACUCCAUUUCCGAAUUUCCAAAGAAUAAUGAAUAUCGUAUAUCCGUUAGACAUGUUGAAGGAGGUAAAGUUUCCAAUUUUAUCCACACUGGGUUGAAAGUUGGAGACGUGUUAAAGGUUGCCCCACCAGCAGGUAAUUUAAUCUAUGAAGAAAGUGCUAAGGAUCUUGUCUACCUUAUUGGUGGUAUUGGUAUUACUCCAGUUGUUUCGAUGUUAGAAAAGGCUCUUGAAGAUGGCCGUAAUGUCAAAUUGAUUUAUUGUAACAGAUCUUCUGAACAUCGUGCAUUUGCUGAUUUGCUUAAGACUCAAAAGUCAAAGUAUGGUGAUCAAUUUAAGAUUCUCGAAAUCUUUGGAAAAGAAGAACCCGAAGCUGCCAUUGAAGAUAUCAAAUUCGGUAGAAUUACCAACGAAGAUUUAGAAUUCAUCGACAAAGAUAAGCAUGACGUUUACUUGGUUGGACCAAGACCAUUUAUGAGAUUUGUUAGAGAUUUCAUGGAUGAAAAGAACGUUCCUGUUAAGUUUGAAUACUUUGGUUCUUCUGACCCAUAA